ACAUGAGACAGGUAACAGAGUUGAAGCCCGAGUGGUUGCUGGAAAUAGCUCCACAUUAUUACCAACUAAAGGAUGUCGAUGCUGCUUUGACCUUCAAGAAAACGUCUAAUGGCAAUGUAGUAUGAAUUCUAUAUAAUAUUUUACACGGUGUGAAAAGAGUAUGAAGAAGAGAAGGCAGUGUCUUUGGUCCAAAGCUCCAGGAUCUUGCCCUCUGUUUGACACAGCACACACUGCAAAUGGACGUUUUCUGAGAACUACAUAGGUCUCCAGGGUGAGCUCUGUUUUGGUAGUAGCCUGCAAAAGAUUUUUUCAAAGCUUCACCUGACCGCUGUGUGCUGAAGUUUCUAGUUGUUACCUCCUUUAUGAAUUCUACAACGAAGUAUAGCCGUGAUUAUACAUUGCAUGAAAGACUUGCUAACGAAGAACUCAACAAGAAAAUCUUAUUCCUUACCCGUUUGGGAAACCUAUCUGUUGGUCUGGGAGACCAAGUACCAAUCAAUAAUCUUUGCAAUACAGAAUUUACUCAUUUAGAACAUCAACAAAAAACGAAAUCAAAAUUCCAAUAACAUCCCAGAAACCAAACAGAGCCAUUUUUGGGUACGAUGAACAAUUAAACAACCGAAUCAAGAAAGAACAGACUGGGUCUAAAUUAGACUUUCCUCAUCUGGUUUAGUAGUUUCCUAACUCGGUUUAGGAAUUCUACACCAAGUAGAAUUGAGUUAAUUGAUAUGUUAUAAAGAUGUGAUCAUAGAAUUUAAGAUUCGAUAAUGGGGAUUAUGAACCUGCCUGCGAUCCGUAGAUGCAGUUCUGUCCAUAACAUUGUUGUGAAGUUCACCAAGAAGCGUUACAGAAAGAAGUUGGACAUGUUGACAAAUGAAGAAGAUGAACAAGAAGAGGAAUAUCUGCAAGCUAGGCAGGUUAAAAGACGAAUUUUCCCUGAAGUAGAAGCUGAACUUGCCCGGCUGAUGAUGAAGUUGAACUUGCCCUGCGGACGGGUUCAAAGAGAGAGGGAGCAGGACACAGCAGCCAUACAAAAGUACACAACGAAACGAAAGUUAACUAAUUUACAUGAAGACGAAGAGGAAGAGGAAGAGAUCACAUGGGUCAAACGACGAAAGACUUUGGAGCACAUUGGCAAGGAAAUCAAAGCCUUGAGGAUAACUACAAGACAAGAAUAUGGUACGAGUUGCAAUAUAGAUUUCGCAAGUCUUCCUCCAGAUAUUGUGCUUCUUAUUCUGGAUAAGUUGUUAGAACCCAUUGACCAUGCUCGUUUUGCUGUCGUCUGUAAGGAAUGGCAGUCUCUUGCAAAACAGUAUAAUUGUGAAACGCAGCCCUGGGUUAAGGUCCUCCCUCCCAUGCUAUGGAUCCCUACCCAAUCUCAUGGCUCCGAUGACCCAAUGGCCAUGCUUUACAGCUUGUCUGAAAGAAAAAUCUACAGAAAUAUGAAGUUGCCAGUGCCUCGUGAUGAUAGGAUCUACUGUGGUUAUGGAUGGAUGGCUAAGUAUCGGUAUCUAAAUAAGUCCUCAGAUUAUUAUGCUAGUCUAGCAAUAACUCUCAUGAAUCCUUUCAGAAACGCAAAAGAUAUUAUCCGUCUCCCUCCAAUCCGAGACAGCAUAUUUAGUGUAAAGCAAGUCGUGAAGAUAACCUUGCCUGCUGAUCCCACUUUGGAUCGGAACAAUUAUAUGUGGUUCUAGUCAUAUACGGUUCUAGA